AUGGGAGGACGGGGGCCACCCACCUCGAGCGCGAAUGCAGCACCACCAGCACCCCCAGCCCGUGGCCUGUGCUGGUCCCGUCCCGUCCGUCCAGCCCCGGUGCGUCUGUCGUUCGUUCGUGGCACAUCCACCAACCCGUCCAUCCCCCCCUCCCGUCAGCCCCGAGCUGCCUCAACGGGCAAGGACACCAGUCUCUGGCGCGCGAAUUGUCGGCGCCGGUUCGGAUCCGCAGUGCCCGUCCUGCCGUCCUCGCCGCCGGUCCUCGUUCGCCCCAGUGCGUCCCGCCGCCCCGUGCUGGCUGGCCUCUCCCCAGUCCCGGUCGUGCAGGCCCCCUCGCUCACACCACGCUUGACGCCACCUUCUCGACGGGGCCCCCUUUCGACCUGCGAGACUCGCACCAUGCUCGGCCGUUCUUCUGACGAUGCUUUGAGGGAGUUUGCGUUGUAG